UGGACAAUCCUAUCUAGCAUGAAGAAUGUGCUUGCAGUCUGUUCACUGCUUUUCUAUCCACAGUGUGUGUGUGUGUGAGUGAACAGUCUCUCAGCCAUGCUUAGAAAUCAGUUUAGCUGCUAGCGAAGACAAGGGGAAGGUCAAACUCAGGCUCUCUUCCCAUUUAACCUGCUGCUGCUGCUGCUACCAUUUGCAGUUGGAAUCCCAGUGGAAGUUGAGCUCCUGUGAUUAGCGAGUUUUGGAGCGUGGCUGACAUGAUGGACCUUUGAUCUUCCAGCUCCGAAAGAUGAAGCAACUCACGGUCAUCCUGCUGUGUGUGUUUGUGCUUCCAAAAGUCCAGCGGUGUGAUAGCAAUGGUUGUGUUACUUCACUGAAGCGAGACAUCCUCAAGUUGAUGGUCAAAUGGGAAGAUGCUACCUGCCUCCUGAACCAGCAAGGCCUACCUCCGAACCUCAUCCAAACUCUGCCUCGAAGUUGCAAGGAAAUCAAAACAGCUCUGGAAGGAGCUCCAGAUGGAUUGUACUACCUGGCCACAGAUGAUGGUGAGGUCUAUCAAACCUUCUGUGACAUGUCCACGAAUGGAGGUGGCUGGACACUGGUGGCCAGCAUCCAUGAAAACAACAUCUAUGGGAAAUGCACCCAGGGAGACCGUUGGUCUAGCCAACAGGGCAGCAACAGCAAAUACCCCAGAGGGGAAGGCAACUGGUCCAACAAUGCCACCUUUGGAUCAGCCAUGGCCUCAACAAGUGAUGACUACAAGAACCCUGGCUAUUACGACCUUGAAGCUCAGGAUUUGUCUAUAUGGCACGUCCCCAACGAAACCCCUUUGAAGGAAUGGAUGUCCGCUGCCUUCUUGAGAUAUCGCACUGAAACUGGGUUCUUGGCUGCAGAAGGAGGGAACCUUCUCAGGCUGUACCAGAAAUACCCAGUGACGUUUGGAAUUGGCAGCUGUCCAGAUGACAAUGGCCCAGAAGUACCAGUCAUCUAUGAUGCUGGCAAUGCUGAGCAGACAUCUUUCUUCUAUGCCCCAAAUGCUCGAGCUGCGUUUGAACCUGGCUUCAUUCAGUUCCGGGUGUUUAAUACUGAGAAAGCUGCCAUGGCUCUGUGUGCAGGAAUAAAAGUCACGGGAUGUGAUACACAACAUAGCUGCGUUGGUGGAGGAGGGUAUUUCCCGCAAGAAACUCCGCGGCAGUGUGGUGACUAUACUGCCUUCGACUGGAAUGGCUACGGCACACACAGCGGCUGGAGCGUUUCCAAACAGUUAUUGGAGUCUGUGAUGCUGCUCUUUUACCACUGAAGCUAGAAAGGAUAAAGCCAAUGAACACCAAAACACGUGCCCUAGAAAUCAAAAAUAGUUUUCCUUUCCUGGAUUAGAAGCUCGCAAUGAGAAUGAAAGAAUAUGAAUAUUGA